AUGUGUUUCCCGGCCAGGCCAUCCCCUCGCCAUCCCAGGGUGGUGUCCUUCUCCCUCCAGGACCGAGUUCACCUGUGUGCCGGGGGAUGGGGGGGCACAGUGGGAGCGAUUCUGACCUGUCCACUGGAAGGUGCAAACCACGGCUGCAGUCGUCUUGUGACGCUUUAUGUCUCUGAAGUUCAGCUGAACACCGUGGCUGGAGCCAGCGUCAACAGCGUAGUGUCUCCUGGACCCCUCCAUUGCCUAAAAGCAACCCUGGAAAAAGAAGGGCCUCGUUCCUUGUUCAGAGGAUUAGGUCCCAAUGUAGUGGGGGUGGCCCCUUCCAGAGCAGUAUACUUUGUUGCUUUCUCCACCUGCAAGGAAAAAUUGAAUGGUGUAUUUGAUCCUGAUUCGACCCAGGUUCACAUGAUUUCAGCUGCAGUGGCAAUUCCAUUUUUUACUGCAAUCACUGCAACCAACCCCAUCUGGCUUAUAAAGACUCGGCUACAGCUUGAUGCAAGGAAUCAUAGGGAAAAGCAAAUGCGUGCUUUUGAAUGUAUUCAUAAAGUGUAUCAGAUAGAUGAACGUAAAGGAUUUUACAGGGGCAUGUCUGCUUCCUAUGCUGGCAUAUCAGAGACUGUUAUCCAUUUUGUUAUUUAUGAAAGUAUAAAGCAAGAACUACAGGAAUGUAAGACUGCUUCUGUGAUAGAAAAUGGUGAAGAGUCUGUGAAAGAAGCAUCAGAUUUUGUGGGAAUGAUGCUUGCUGCUGCCACCUCAAAAACUUGUGCCACAACUAUAACAUGUCCACAUAAAGUCGUAAGAACAAGAUUAUGUGAAGAAAGAACAAAAUAUAGAUCCUUUUUUCAGAAACUGUCUUUGCUGAUUCAAGAAGAAGGUUAUGGAUCCCUCUACCUUGGUUUAACAACUCAUUUGGUGAGACGGAUUCCAGACACAGCCAUUAUGAUGGCCACCUAUGAAUUAGCAGUCUACCUACUCAAUGGAUAGCAGCACAGGCUGCCACACUGCAAGAGGGAAGACCAAAAGAUUACAGUGGAUCAUGGAAUAUUGGAGUCAGCAUGGUGGACAGAAAGAAUAGUAGUUUGGGAACAUGUA